AGAGAGAGAAAGAAGUUUAAGAGCUACAAGUUUGAAGAAAUCGAGUAGAGAGAGAGAGAUCUAGAUCCUUCUUCUUCUUCGUCAACCUCUAGGAUACUCGUGUAGGUUAUUGUGAUGGAAGCUGUGAACGAAGCUGUUAGGAAGAUUAAGUCCUUAGUCAUCCCACAUCCAGAUGAGAAAACUAAUGGUAUUGUUCUUGAGAUCAAGCUUGAUGAGACAGAUCAGAGAUCAGCAAAAUGGAGUCUUGAUCCUUCUUUGGCCUUGUUUGAGGUAACUGGGUCUUGUACCUUGGGACGCCAAAACUUCGAGGGCCUUAAUUGCUCUCUCAUGAGUGCUGUGACCACUAGCAACAUCUUCGAUCCUAAGCUGGAUGAUCUUUUGUCUAAGCUUGAGUAUGUACGGUGUCUAGACGGUGAUAAAAAUCCUAGAAACCGUACCUUCAAAACGAGCUUCUUCAACAGCAGAAAACUUAGCCCUGUGUUCACUGGGGGACCAGGCUUUGAGGAAGUAGUGCCUCCAAUGUUUGUGGCUCGAGAUUGUCUUAAAGCUACUAUAACUGAGGUAAGCAAGUCUCCUAUAUAUAGUCAACUUGUAAUCAUCUCCCAACAACCACUCUAAUAUAUAACCCGUCAGAGAGAAUUCACAUAUGGAGUUAUGUUGGAAGAGAUAAUAGCCCAAGAUGAAAACAGGAAAGUCUCUGUAAAUGGGCUGUCGUUUUCGCCUAGCGGUGGAAUCAGUGUUAAUGGACCUCCAACAACUCUAAGUGGUACUGGUAUUGACCGCAUAGCCUCUCUACAAGCCAACAUAACCCGAGACAACACCAAGCUUGUGAAUGGGGCUAUUGUUGGAGAGAGGAAUGUCUUUCAGGUGGAUCAAGGCUUGGGUAUAGGAAGCAAUUUCCCGCUCUUCAACCGCCACCAACUAACACUUACACGAUUCAUUCAGCUGAAGCAAGUAGAAGAAGGAUCCGGUAAUCCACGACCACCAGUUCUAGUCCUUCACGGUCAUUACGGUGGCUGCAUAGGCGAUCUUCCAAACUAUGAUGCUUUUGCUCUUGGUGGACCUAACUCUGUUCGAGGCUACAGCAUGGGAGAACUCGGUGCAGCUAAACACAUUCUCGAGCUUAGUGCUGAGAUUAGAAUCCCUGUGAAGAACACACAUGUUUAUACAUUUGCUGAGCAUGGAAACGAUUUGGGAAGUUCAAAGGAUGUGAAAGGGAAUCCGACAGCGGUUUACUGGAAAAUGGGACAUGGUUCAUCGUACGGUUUGGGUGUGAAACUCGGUAAGGUGCGAGCUGAAUAUACUGUACGUCACAAUCGUGGAACCGGUGCUCUGUUUCUCAGGUUCGGAGAGAGAUACUAAAGUGAUGCCCUGAAGACUUUGUGCUCCUUUCUUUCUUAACUCUAAUACUUUGGUUUAUAAUCCUGAUACUCUAGUUAUGUAAAUGCGUGCAUAGCAAGUCAUUGAGUUUAAGCAUGUCUUGUAUCACAAACUUCCCAUUAUAGCUAUGAUGUGAUAUGAGCUUUUUUGUUAA